AAUGAUCUAAUUUUUGACUAUUGGUACACUAUCAAAAAAAUUUGUACUAAAACCCUAAAAUUUAACCAAGCAAACCAUUUCUUUCAAUUUUGUCACAAAUAAUUAAAAUCAAAACCUGAAAGAGAAAGAACUCUUUGCAUCCCUGAAUUCUCCCUGUAUAAGACUUUCAAGCGACCAGAAACGCCUACAAUACACCACACUUGCAGUUGCAGAAAUCAAUGGCGAAAUAUGGCGAACUCCGGGACGAUUCUGCUCUCGUCAAAGCCCUAGAUGACGCUAUCUCCAAGUAUAAGAUAAUGCAUGGAAAAGGAGGCACCAUUAGUACGCCUGAUGAAGAAAAAAUCACAAUAUGUAAAGAAGAAAGUGAAUCAAUCAUCUUCAAUGGAAGCAACGAAGCUAAAAGUGCAUGUGUGGAAACAGAAGAUAACACCACAAACAUGCCAAAUAGUAAUCAAGUUCAAGAUACAGAAUCUACUUAUGUUGAUGCACAAAAUGCACAAACUGCAGAAGAUUAUAACGUGUUACUCAACCAAUAUAAUGCUGUUGAGGAACAAAGGCAAAAACUUUUAGGGCAACUUUAUCAAUAUGGCAAUUGGGAUUAUCAAAGCUAUGGUUAUGGUGGUGUUUAUGAUUCUCAAGAUCAACCACCCCAACCUUCUGGUCCUCCUGCAUGCUCUUGUCAACCCUAUGUAUGUCCAUGUUCAACUAAAGUUUCAUGUAAUGAAGAUGAUGGUGUUAUUAAAGCAGCAAUGGGAGCUAUUGACAAAGUUAUUCAGACAUUUAACACAGGAGAUAAAGAGGGAAAGAAAAGUGAAGAAACAGAUCUUUCAGCUGUCUUGAAUGCUUGGUUUUCUGCAGGCUUCUAUACUGGAAAGUAUCUCUCAGAGCAAGCUGCUUUAAAGAAAUGAUGAUGCAGUUUUGUGAAAGAUAGUGGCAUCAUAUAUUCAACGUGUUUGAUAGUUAUGUAGUUAUUUAGAGAAAGGUGAUGUAUUUGGAAUGUUAAAGUUUUAAGUUAUGAGAUAAAACAUAUGUGUUUUUUGUUUUUUUUUUAAAUGAAUUCUUUUAACUUUUUAUGUUUA